UUACACCUGCUGUAUCCUGUGCAUGUGACAAAACGUUGAAAACUUGGACAUGCUGAGGAGAGUCCCUUGUGAAUUGGAUGUACCAGAAGAGAUCAGGAGAUACUGAUAGUGUAGUUACAGCUGAGCGCUACCAGGUAUCCUUCAAGGGCAGUAACAUGUCCACUGCUGGGCAGCAGCCUCUUCACCUCUGCAAUCUGAAAAAGUAGUAAUAGUUUUUAUAAUUAAUUAAUAACUUUAUAAUAACUAAUAGGCUAACAUCCAGACAAAGAGAAUAAGGAAACCCUAGGCCCUAUACCGUACCAAAAUACCAUGCAGCAUGGAGCAUCAAGUCAAUGUGCCAUUAUGGUUAAUGUAUAGAAGAAGAAUAGACUUAUAGACUUUAUGUUCCAUCCACUGUAGCUGAGAAGUCUCAUAAUUGUGGGCCUCUGCACUAAGGGAGGAGCUUAUGGUAUAAUAAAUUGUUUAGUUGAACUGGUAGAGGGAUUCCUUGUGAAAUACUCCCCUUGUCUGUUUGAUAUUUGGAACUAUGAAAUGUCUCUAUUACAGAAUGUUGUCUUUUCCCUAAGCAUUUCAAAAUUAUACUUUGGCAGAAAUAUAUUACAUUUUCAGGCCAAAUUAAGCUCAUCUGACAAAUAAAAUAAUAUCCCCACAUCUGAGUUUCUGAAAGAAAGGCACAGACCAGUAGCCUAUGGACUAGUCCAAUAUACACCUGGGCUAUGCUGCCCAAUGCCACAAAUAGUUAUCUUUACUAUGCAUUUAAAACAGUAGUCAAGUCAAGUCAACUCAUUUGUUUUAUGAUUUAAACCAAUGAUUGACACGGGGUGCAACUAUGAUCAUCAACCCUGUCAUGACAGCGCACAUUAACGUAAACGAUUGGCAAUGGCAUCACAAUGUAGCCUAUUACGCAUGGGUUGUAGUCUCGAUUUGGUCCAUAAAAUAAACGUCUCACUCCUGCCUGGAGUUAAUCAAGUAGAAAAUUGCCUGGCUCAUGCUUUUCCUAAUGUGUUCUUUCAUUAUCUCGUGAAGGUGAACGUCGAGGGCGCACGGUACUGUGUCAUAUUAAACAGUCACUGGACAAGUGUAACAUCAAGAUUUACUUAAGCGGCGGGCAGAAACCACGGCAAUCACAAGCGGUCGAGAAAGGGUUGGGGAUAGGAACCACUGACUCAACAGGACUGCGCACAGAGAACGCUGUAGUGGCGAGACCUUCAGAAAGAUCCAGCGCUUCGACGCAAAAGGAUGGAUUCUUUCAGAUCGGGCUCCAGCAUAGGACUGUCUCCCUCUCCCAGAGACCGACAAUCACCCAUCAGUUUUGAUCAGGAGCACUCACAACCGGGAACAAUGGCCGGAGGUCGGGCGGAAACACGUGGCUUCCCAUCCGAAUCGUUGUGCGUAAAGUACGGGGAAUUUUUAAAGCACACGGCUGCAGCCGCAGCAACGGCGGAGAGCAGUGGUGGGGAGCAGAGUCAGGAUGAUGACAGUGAUGGAAUUGGCAGGAGUGACAUGGUGCUUUUUCCUGAGGAAAGGCUCAUGGCAUCAAUGGCUAAAUGUGACGCAGCAGGUAAGAAACACAAAGAGCAGAAGGUGCUGAGGCUCAACAUUAACGCCCGGGAGAGGAGGAGAAUGCACGACCUGAACGACGCGCUCGAUGAACUGCGGUCGGUGAUCCCCUACGCGCACAGCCCAUCCGUACGGAAGUUAUCCAAAAUAGCCACUUUGCUCCUCGCCAAAAACUACAUCCUCAUGCAGGCACAAGCACUUGACGAGAUGAGAAGACUUGUCAGUUAUCUUAACCAUGGACCUGGCGUUACUGCUGCGAAUGCUGCUGGUGCACCCGGAUUAGGGGUCUAUGACCAGCAGACAGGAUACCCGUUCUCUACUGGGAUUCCGGACCCUUUCAAUAGCAAUGCAAAUCUCUUCAAUAAAUAAACAUUUCAACCAUAAACCUUUAACAGGUGUGUCCGACGCUAACAUGGAACUUCAAGCUUUGUGCGCACAACUGAAUUGAUGGGACCAGAAUGACUGACAGAAGUAAUCACAUAUUACCAGAACAUGGAGUCCUAUACUGUAUAGGACUCUGUUCUGCAUGGUGCUUACGUUUCGAAGAUAGUUGUUUUGCAAAAUCUAACAAAAUGACAGCCAACAUGGUCAAAAAUGGUUAGCCUUUAACAAAUUAUGUUUAGUCUUAUUUAACCAUUAUGUCCUACAGUACAUUCAUUUUCUUCAGUUUGAUUAGAUGUUCAAUGGAUAAAUUGUAUUGGUGACAUAAGAGAUGGUAUGGUCUGUUUUCCAGUAGCCUAUACCUCAAUGAAUGGGCUAUGUACAACCAAACCCAAAUUAGUUAGUUACAAAGAGAGCAAUUGUGACUAUUGGGUGAAAUUAAUAGGUAGCCUAUAGGCCUAAAUUUCAAUCUUAAAUUGAGGAAUUUGAUAAUGAUAUUGUUUUUACCAUCGAGGACCACUUUCAAAGUGUUUUAAUUAAUACUUUUAAGUGCUAUCCUCCACAUUGUACAUUUUGUUGUAGGCCUAUAUGUCUUUUACCCAAAUAAAUUCAAUACAAAUAUUUCCAUACAUGUAAUUUGGUCAUUAAUUGUGUAAUUUACAUUUCCCUAAAUACUAUUUAAUAAUGCCUUUGACAAACAUAAAUGGAGUCGUUUCAUUACCAGGGACAGCAUUAAUGACAAACAACAAUCAGAACAUUGUACUCCCACUCAAUUGAGUUGGUCAAACAAAAUAAUUCCUCUGAGCAUAUAGUUAACCUUGCAGAUUCACUGGAUACAUUAAGAGAAUAGGUCACUAUUGGUAAAAGGACUAAAAUUACUGCCACAUGCAGAACUGAUUUGUCCAGUUUUUAUUUCAAGAAUUGUAAAUAGUAAGUACCCUGUAGGACUCUUGAAAUAGGAAAGACAUUUGAAUGUAUAACUUUAAAUGGUUGGUUAUUUGGUUAAUGUUAUAGAAAAAUGAAACGAAUACAUAAGUCAUCAAAUGUUUUAGGGACACCACCAUCUAAUACAUAAAGCUUUUAUCACAUUGUACUAUACCCUGUAAUAUAGUUCAACUAUUUUAUUCAACUACUGUUGUACAGUAUAGAUCAGGGAUGGGGCCCCCCUCUUGACAGUGGAGAGAGAAAUUGAAGUUUUUGAGUUAAUUUCCUGCAAUUCUACACAUUUUGUCAUGGGGUGGAGAGAAAUGUUUGCCAUUUUUAUUACGAUAUCUCAGUUAGAGUGACUAACAAAAUCAAUGGGGGCCCCCCGAUCGGUAAUUCAACCAUGAUUACUACAGGUCAAGAUAGCUGGCUAGACUAACUUACAAUAAAUUAAAACAUUUGCUGACAAGGGCUAAUUGAGUGACUGACAUAAGAGAGAAACUGCUGAUGCACAACCACAUUUCGAAAUUGAACCGUGUGUAUUC